ACCGAAUGAUGAUCGAUAUAAUUCGUUCUACUUGUUUACUAUCAUUGUGGCGCGAAACGACUCAACUUUCUUGGCCUGGUAGAAAUAGUGUAUGAAAAUUCGCAUUCGUUUCGUUCUCGAAUUUUAAAUACGAACAAAAUUUAGCAGAAAGUGUGACCAACGAAAUGUCAGAAAAUACUGAAACUAGCAAAAAGUCGGUCGAUGCUUUUAAUCCAAACAUUCUUCAAGAUAUUCUCCCGAUUUACUACAAGCGACUGUUUCCUCACCAUCUGUUCUAUCGUUGGAUGUCCUACGGUUUAUCGGAGACAUCCAUCUUUGCAAAUCGAGAAUUUUCUUUCACGUUGGAGAAUGAUAUUUAUUUACGAUACCAAUCGUUUGAGAGCCAGACUGAUCUGGAAAAGGAAAUAUGUACAAAUAACCCGUGUAAAAUUGAUAUUGGAGCCGUGUACAAUGUCCGACCGAAGGAUCAUCGAGCUAGUUUAACGAUGAAACCAAUACAGCGAGAGUUGGUUUUUGACAUCGAUAUGACCGAUUACGAUGAAAUUAGAACUUGCUGUAGUGAGGCUAACGUAUGUCAAAAAUGCUGGAAAUUUAUGACAAUUGCGUGUAAGAUCAUUGAUGCCGCUCUUCGGGAAGAUUUCGGCUUUGAACAUAUGCUGUGGGUUUUCAGUGGACGUCGAGGAAUUCAUUGUUGGGUGUGUGAUAAAACAGCAAGACAUCUGGAUUCGAAUGGUAGAGCGGCAGUCGCAGAAUACCUGCACAUAUUGAUUAGUGGAGGAGAAGGAUCGGUCACUAGAGUUAUCUUGGGAGAAAGAAUGCAUCAUGCCGUCAAAAGAGCACACAAAUUGAUUGCACCGCUAUUCGAAGAAGUCUGCCUCGUAGAUCAAAAUAUGUUUGCUACGCCAGAUGGGCUAAGGAAGUUACUAGCCAUGGUGCAAGAUGAAGGUAUACGAUUGGAACUGGACAAAAAACUUAAACAGCAUCAAGGAGAUUCGAAAGCGAUUUGGAAAGCAUAUGUAGCAUUGUUCGAAUCUCUUCGAGUGUCAGGUAAAAAUAAAACGAGAAAGCUCAAGUACAUAAUCGAAGAAACGCAACUUGCCUUCACUUACCCACGAAUUGAUAUAAAUGUCAGCAAAGGAAUAAACCAUUUGUUGAAGUCGCCAUUCUGCGUCCACCCGAAGACCGGUAAAGUUUGUGUUCCGUUCAAUCCAAACGUAGCCGACAAGUUUGAUCCAACGAAGGUGCCAACAAUUACGGGUUUGUUGAAUGAGGUGGAUGCCUUCGAUGAGAGUAUCAAAGCGGAUGGCGAGGAAGAACGGUCGCGCAUCAAGGAUUACAAAAAGACCAGCAUGUUGCGAGGUACGGUUAUUUUCGAGGAAUUCCUACGUAAACUGGAGCAAACGUUCAAAGGAAAAGCGAUACUCGUUAGCGAUAAGAAGAUGGAGUUUUAAGUUACCUCAAUAAAAUUAACAAUCUUUUUCUUAACCAAUGAAUUUAA